CAGACAGCAGGGGACGGGCUGGGCAACGGUUGUUCUUUUGAGCCGGGGAAUUACGAGGCUUGGGGUCCAAACUCAGAGGAGCAAGUUGUCCCACUGAAAGGCGAAAUAGCUAUCUUGUCAUGGCGGAUGUUGGUGAGGUUUUGAUGUCGGUUUUGUCCACAAUUCGGGUUCCCAAGCCUGGGGACCGUGUUCACAAAGACGAAUGCGCCUUGUCAUUUGCCUCACCGGAGAGUGAGGGGGGACUGUAUGUAUGCAUGAACAGUUUCCUGGGCUUUGGGAGUAAGUAUGUGGAUAGGCACCAUGCUCGGUCAGGCCAGAGGGCUUACUUGCACAUCACCCGGACUCUUAAGGCAAAGAAGGAAGAUGACAAUAACUCUGGAUCUGGACACCCACCUAAGAAAAAGCCCACCCGAUUAGCUAUAGGGAUUGAAGGAGGUUUUGAUCUAGAGCUGGAGCAGUAUGAAGAAGAUGUAAAGGUGGUCAUUUUACCUGAUGGACAGGAAGUGACAUCAGAAGACCUUGCUAACAUGCCUGACGUUGUGAAAGAAAGGGUGUCCCUGUCAAUGGCGGGUAUUAUGGCAGCCGACUCAGUGUCUCAUACCUUACAAGUUCAACAAUGGGACGGAGAAGUGAGACAGGAGUCGAGGUAUGCUGCUGACCUUAAACAGCUUGACAAUGGGGUGAAGAUCCCUCCCAGUGGCUGGCGAUGUGAGGUGUGUGACCUCCAGGAGAAUCUUUGGAUGAACCUGACAGAUGGCAAAGUGCUGUGUGGUCGCAGGUAUUUUGAUGGCUCUGGGGGCAACAACCACGCCCUUCUCCACUUCCAGGAGACAGGAUACCCACUUGCUGUGAAACUUGGUACCAUCACUCCUGAUGGAGCAGAUGUGUAUUCUUAUAAUGAGGAUGACAUGGUACUGGAUUCCAAGUUGCCAGAGCACCUAGCUCACUUUGGCAUUAACAUGAUGACCAUGGAGAAGACUGAGCAGACUAUGACAGAGUUGGAGAUUGCUGUGAACCAGCGCGUCGGGGAGUGGGAGGUGAUCCAGGAGUCAGGGACCACUCUACGUCCCCUGUUUGGCCCCGGACUGACAGGCAUGAAGAACCUGGGCAACAGCUGCUACCUCAACUCUGUCAUGCAAGUGCUCUUCACCAUUCCAGACUUCCAGAGCAGGUAUGUGUCUAACAUUGACAAAAUCAUUAAUGAAGCUCCAAGUGACCCCACCCAAGACUUCAAGACCCAAGUAGCCAAGCUCGGCUAUGGCCUGUUAUCAGGAGAGUAUUCCAAACCAGCACCAGACCCUGGAGACGAAAAUGGUGCAUCUGAACCCAGGAGAGAUCAAAUGGGCAUAGCACCACGAAUGUUCAAAGCGCUAGUUGGACGGGGUCACCCAGAGUUCUCCACCAAUCGACAACAGGAUGCUCAAGAGUUUUUAUUGCACUUCAUAAACAUGGUGGAGCGAAACUGUCGCUCUGGGCCCAAUCCAUCUGAAGCCUUUAGGUUCCUGGUGGAAGAGAGGAUUGUGUGUCAGCAGUCGCAGAAGGCCAAAUACACACAGCGGGUGGAUUACAUUGUUCAGCUGCCAGUUCCCAUGGACCAGGCUACCAACACAGAAGAGCUUCAGGAGGCAGAGCGCCGGCGUGAGGAGGGGGACACAUCAGCCUCUACAGUGCGUGCACAAAUCCCCUUCACAGUUUGCAUGGCUGCUCUCAGCGAACCAGAGGUCCUCCCAGACUUCUGGAGCUCAGCUGUGCAGGCCAAGACUACUGCUACAAAAACAACUCGCUUUGCUUCUUUCCCUGACCAUCUGGUUAUCCAGAUUAAGAAGUUUACCUUUGGCCUGGACUGGGUGCCUAAAAAACUGGAUGUGAGCAUUGACGUUCCUGAUAUUCUGGACCUUAGUGCGCUCCGUGCAACCGGCCAGCAGCCAGGCGAGGAGCUCCUACCAGAGGUGGCCCCACCCCCACUCAUGACCCCAGAUGUGGAGGUCAAAGGUAUCCUGGGUUCCCAUGGCAACGAGGAGGAGGACUCGCUCUACUCCCCACUACUAUCUCCGGUCCUCGAUGACUCCACUGUGUCCCAGUUAUGUGAAAUGGGAUUCCCAUCAGAAGCCUGCAGAAAAGCAGUGUAUUACACUGGGAAUACUGGAAUUGAUGCUGCCAUGAAUUGGGUUAUGGCCCAUAUGGAUGAUCCAGACUUCUCAGCCCCCUUCGUGUUGCCAGGCUGCAGCUCAGGCCCUGGGACCACACCCACUGAGAGCCUCUCUGAGGAGCACUUGGCAACCAUCGUCUCCAUGGGCUUCAGCCGAGACCAGGCAACCAAAGCACUUCGAGCCACGAGUAACAUCCUGGACCGGGCAGUGGACUGGAUCUUCUCACACCUAGAUGACCUGGAAUCCAUGGAUGUGUCCGAAGGAGGCCGCUCAGCCGCAGAGAGCGAAGGAGGCAGGGAUCCUCCCCCUGGGCCUCGUGUCCGAGAUGGAGCAGGCAAGUAUGAGCUGUUUGCAUUCAUCAGUCACAUGGGGACAAGCACAAUGUGCGGCCACUACGUCUGUCACAUCAAGAAGGACCAGCAGUGGGUCAUCUUCAACGAUCAGAAGGUGUGUGCUUCAGAGAAACCCCCCAAAGACCUGGGAUACCUCUACUUCUAUCGGAGAGUGCCCGAAUGAGACACAGGAGUGAGUGCUACUCUUGGGGUGAAGGAGGAGAAAUGCAGAUGCCAAUACAAACACAUCAACAGCAUUCAUAGUUGCACUUCACCAAGCUCUUACAAAUGCUCUGGCAUGCUUCACAACUGACAAACAUGUAAAUAACUUCUCUUAGAUUGCAUAUAUACGCAGGUAAAUACAUUGGUGCAGAUGUACAGACAAGGUGCUGGGGGAGAUGUUUUCUUUAAUCUACUGAUUACAAACCACGGGCCUGUUCAGAGCAGAGUCAGUCACCAGUGCAACUUUGCUGAGUAAAGUUCUGAGUUCUGUUAUGAGGCUUGCUCUAGUUUUACUCAGGAAAUGUUU